GUGUGGCAAUGUGAUCUGGGACACGCCCACUGAUUCAGGUUUUAAAUACGGGUGUCCUUCUGUACCCGGCACAUUCAUCAUAGAUCCUUUCCAGGUAUGUUCUCUCUCUGUGUGUGUGUGUGUGUGUGUGUGUGUUUGUGUGUAUGUGUGUGCGUGUGAGGUAAUUGUGUAUACACUGUGAUGUUUUUGGUGCUUUUUCCCCCUCAGUUCUAAUCAGAAUGUAUAACUCCGUGUUUCUUCUCCUGAUUUUUGCUCUCAGCUCUGCUCCUGUUGAAGCGAUUGAUGUGUCUCUCAUGGCUGGAAAACUCUCCAACUGUAUAUUUGAGAUAUGCACCACUGAGAUUUUUAUCUGCCAUCGACUCUAUGGAGAGCGGCAGAUGGACAGCUUUAAAGCGUGUUUGAAGCAGCUUUGCACAGAGCGGACAGAAGAAUGUAUGGACUGGAUUAUAGCUGAAAGGAUUGCACUAACAGGUGUGGAGCUGAUUAAAGAUUCAUUUAUUCACUGCUAUUUACACUGCGGAUUUCAGAACAAGACCAAAUUCACAGGUUGCUUUCUGGAAGCGUCGGUGGAUAAAACACAGCCGUACGUCUCCAUGCUGGCUGCAGGGUCGAGCGAUCCAGAUUUCCUGUGGUGUUGGUUGAGCCGAGGCCUGGGAGCGGUGAAGAGCUGUUUCCAUCACUACAGCGAGCUCUCCUACACUGUCAUACGAAACAUAGUGAGAGAGUUUGUCAAUAACAAACAAGAAUAUGUUAGAUGUUUCAUGGAACUGUAUAAUAACGGGGACAAAAAAUGCCUUCAGAGGUUCAUGCAGCUUUUUGGUACAACCCCGGAGAUGCAGAUACGAGCUAAAGGCUUUUUCAUCUGCAGCAUUAAUGAAAUGAUUUCAUUAACAGCAACGUGUUAAAGGUGAAGUGGAAUUGAAUUUCGUCAAAUCAAAUCAAAUCAGCGUGGAUUAGUCCAACAAGAUUUAAAAUUAUUAAUCCCAUAAAAUAAUUAAUCCCAAACUGUUCAAUCAUGUAAGAUUGGAGGAUUAUAUUAAUGAAGUCUUUUAUUUUAUCUUAAAUUCUCUGUAACUUAUAGCACCUUUGUAAAUGAGGACUGACCGUUUGUGUUUCCAGAGAUUUAAAUAACGUAAAUAAAAUCACUGAAGCCGGGUUUAUGCGUUUUGAAUCAACAGUUGAGUGCAACAGCUGGGACUAGUUCCUCAGCAUCAGGUCUUCUCAUAUGUUUUAUUCUGGAUAUGUUUCUGAACAUCUUGUAGAAAUGGUACUUACAUAGGAAUCAAAUAAUUCUCUGACCUUUAUGGGUUGAAGGAAAAGCUGACCAAACACUCAACUGCUACACGUACAGCUCACUUUAACUCACUUUCAUUCAUAAUUUUAUCCACCAAAAAUUCAGUCCUCGGCACAAGCGAUGUCUCUGAUUACGAUGUGUCUCCUCCUAUGUUUUCCAUUACAAAAAAACUUUUUGUAGAUUUUAAAGGACUUUAAUUACAAGUGUAAUAUUUACUGUAUCUAUUUAAUAUUCCCAUUCUGUAGUUUUUGAAUGUGUUUACAGCCAAAGCAUGAAUAUCAGUGUGACAUACAGUCAGGUCCAUAAAUAUUGGGACAGUGACACAGUUUUGGUAAUUUUGCCUCUGUACACCACCACAGUGGAUUUGAAAUGAAGCAGUCAAGAUGUGACUGAAGCGUAGACUUUCAGCUUUAAUUCAAGGGGUUUAACAAAAAUAUUGCAUUAACCGUUUAGGAAUUACAGCCAUUUUUUACAGAGUUCCUCCAUUUUCACAGGCUCAAAAGUAAUGGGACAAUUGACUGAUAAGCAGUUUCAUGGCCAGCUGUGGCCUGUUUCCUCCUUAUAUCAAGAUAAAUUAAGGAGAUAAAAGGUCUGGAGCUGAUUCCAAGUGUUGAAUUUGCAUUUGGUAGCUGUUCAUGGGAACUCUGAAUAUGCCGUCCGAAGAGGUGUUGAUGCAAGUGAAGGAGGCCAUCAUUAGGCUGAAAAACCAAAACAGACCUAUCAGAGAGAUAGCAGAAACUUUAGGAGGGCCAAAUCAACAAUUUGGUACAUUCUUAAAAAGAAGGAAUGCACUGGCGAGCUCAGCAACACCAAAAGGCCUGGGAGACCACAGAAAACAACUAAAGUGGAUGAUUGCAGAAUUCUUUUCUUAUUGAAGAACAACCCCUUCACAACAUCUAGCCAAGUCAGGAACACUCUGGAGGAGGUAGGCCUAUCAUUGUCAAAGUCUACAAUCAAGAGCCACCUUCAUGAAUGUAAAUACAGACGGUUUACCUCAAGAUGCAAACCGCUGGUAACACUCAAGAACACAAAGGCCAGAUUAGACUUUGCUAAAAAACCUCUAAAAAAAGCCUGACCAGUUCUGAUGCAAGAUUAACUUGUACCAGAAUGAUGAGAAGAGAAAAGUAUGGAGAAGGAAAGGAAGGGCUCAUGAUCCAAAGCAUACCACAUCAUCCGUCAAACAUGUGGAGGCAGUGUUAUGGCAUGGGCAUGUUUGGCUGCCAAUGGAACUGGGUCACUGGGGUUUAUUGAUAAUGUGACUGUUGAUAGAAGUAGCAGGAUGAAUUCUGAAGUGUACAGAGCUGUACUUUCUGCUCAGAUUCAGUCAAAUGCUGCAUAACUGAUAGGACAGCGCUUCACAGUACAGAUGGAUAACAACCCAAAACAUACUGUGAACGCAGCCCAAGGGCUUGGAAAUUAAAUGUUCUUAAAUGGCCGAGUCAGUCACCUGACCUCAACCCAACUGAGCUGCUUUUCACUUACUGAAGACAAAUCUGAAGGCAGAAUGACCCACAAACAAGCAGCAACUGAAGAUGGCUGCAGUAAAGACCUGGCAAAUCAUCUCAAGGGAGGAAACUCAGCAUUUGGUGAUGUCCAUGGGGUCCAGACUUCAGGUAGUCACUGACUGCACAGGAUUUACCUCCAAGUAAUAAAAAUAAUCCUAAUAUUUAUGAUUAUAUUAGUUUGUCCCAUUACUUCUGAGCCUGUGAAAAUGGAGGAACUCUGUAAAAAAUGGCUGUAAUUCCUAAACGGUUAAUGCAAUAUUUUUGUUAAACCCCUUGAAUUAAAGCUGAAAGUCUACGCUUCAGUCACAUCUUGACUGCUUCAUUUCAAAUCCACUGUGGUGGUGUACAGAGGCGAAAUUACCAAAACUGUGUCACUGUCCCAAUAUUUAUGGACCUGACUGUAUAGUGUGGUUACGUCAGACAGUGUCGCUGGAAAGGAAAAUGUGCUUAACUUCAAGAUCAGAAUCGUGUGUAACGGAGACACGACUCUAUUUCACAUAAACUCCGCCCCCUGGGUCUAACUCUUGCGCAAAGUCUUUAGUUACGUCUAAGAUCAGGAAUACAGACGUGACCACGUGGUAUUAGAUCCUCACUGUGCACCGAACUCAGAAUACAGCCAUUACUGCAGAUACACAUUGCUAUUUCUGAUUCUUCAAAACUGAGGACAUUUCUGUUCUUCUAAGCUUUUACAUGUUUCACACAUUUUCCAUUUUGCAUACCCGUGAUGCCGAAUCAUGUCUGACAAACAUAACUGUGUGUCAUCAGUGGAGAAGUGAGAGCUAACACUACGUUUGGGAAUUACAUGUCCAUAGAUGGAUGUAAAGGGAGAGUAAUAAGGGGCCUAGAAGAGAACCUGGUGGGACUGAGAUGAGAUAUAUUGAGGAGUUUAAAAUAAAUGUGACAGUUGUGAUGUUAUGGUCUGGGGUAAGAGUGUAGAACAUACCAGGGAAGAUCUGGUGAGUUAUAGCACUUGCCUGAACACAAAAGAAAGUGAACUGGGGAAAAUGCUGGAGCUGGGAAUAACUGCGGAGUCAUACAGUGUCUAGAAGAACCCCACUGUGUUUGUACGCAAAGUAGAUGGGACAGUCUGUUUCUGCAUGGACUUUCAUAGCAAAACAGUGUUCCAGUUCACACUUCUUAACCUCCCUGGAAAAGUCUAUGAAUGAAUGAAUGAAUGAAUGAAUGAAUGCUGAUGACACACAGCUGCAUGUUUCAGCAAAACCAGAUUCCAGCUUACUAAAGUUGAGGAAUGUGUAAAGGACAUCAGACACUGAAUUCUGAGUUACCUCCAUUUCAAUCAGUAAUAAAACUGCAAAUUCAAUUAAAUCCUACAACAAAAUAAAACGUAAGUUCUUUUUUUAAUUUCUAAAAUUGACACUUAGUCUGUAGUUUCAGUAGUUAAUGAAAUUAAUGUAGUUACUGUAGUUCAUUGUAAUUUACUGUCCACUUCUGUGCAGUGGACUGUCUCACUACCUCAGCUCCGAGUAUUAGAUUUGAAAAUAAUACGGCUGUAAGAUCAUAAAGCGAAGUUCAGGGGAGUUUUACCUGCUGUGUGAGAGGAUGUUGUAAUCCUACGCAGUAGUUUGCAGCGUGAAACUGUUCUCUGAUUCACAGGACCUGCUGAAACAGAUGUGUGUGUGUGUGUGUGUGUGUGUAAGACAGAAAAACUGAGGAGAGAACUGCUAAAAUGAUUAUCCACACAAAAUCAACAAUAACAGUAAACACACCAUGUGCUUUUUUACGUCGCUGUGUUCUUCAUUUUUAAAAGUUAAUAGUUAAAUUGCAUCACAAUUGUAUCAUCCAGAUCUUUUAUUACUAUAAAAUAAGGAAAGUCCAGCGUCCAGGGUUACACCAGAGUCCAUAACGUUGAAUAGCCGUCUCUCUUUUGGCAGGAUGCGCAGACGAAAACUUGGUAUUAUCUCUAUUAAAGCCAACAAACUGGUAAUGAAACUGUUAAAUUAAAUCUAAAGAACUCAUUUAAAUAAUCUGGGUUUUGAAGCCUGUAAUUAAAAUUUUACAGCUAACAUAGUUAUUUCUGUGCAGAAUUUGACAGAGACUGCGAGAAGGUCAUUAAACACUUCAGCCAGUGCUUAUUUUGUACCGUAAUGCUUCACAAAACCAAUCAAACACACGUACACAAUCCUA